AUGGCUGAUUCGAAUCCACGCGCCACACCAGCACCCGUUGAUCCAAGAACAGUACAGCUUCGCAAGGCGACCCAGCAUCUGCGCUCGCCCAAGAUGUCUUCCGCAGAGCCUGCGCCCGAUCAGCCCACGGGGGGAACAGAGAUGGAACACGGGUCUGCGCCCCUUUCUUUGCUGGAGAACAACAGAAGAAGGACUGAUACUCUUAUGCUCUACAGGCUUCAAGGCAAGGGGCAGAAUCACAAAGAGCCCAUCUCACCUACUGAAGUUCAGCGCAUAAUGCUGCAAUACUCUACACUCGGCAAUCAGAGCAAAAUGUCGCGCUUCCUUGACAGUCUACGAGUUCCUGGGGUUCUCUCUUUUCAGCGUUACAUGUACGACUUCUACAAAGAGAGAGGGUUGACUUGCUAUUCAGUCAUGGAUAGCAAAGGUCAUAUGAUUGCUCUGGAUUACCAGACCCUCCAGCAGGCAACACCGUUAUCUCUUGCGGCCACAUACGGAUCACCAUUGCCGCUGAAUGUAGGAGUCGUGCAGCAAGCAUUUGAGAACGCAGUGAACAGGUCCGUUGACAAGAAAGGAGACACUGAAUGGCACAACUACAUAAAGGCUUUGCCCUCAAAUGAGCCAACAUUUGCAGCAGACGUGACGCCUCCUGAAAAAUAUUAUCAUCCAGAAACCGGCUUGAGCUGGGAUGAUAGCGAUACUUUCACUCGCCUUCCCAAAUUUGUCCCCACUCCGCAAUUCAGUCAAGGAAAAGUUGCCUUACCACUCACUGAUGUUCGUCAGGAUUCAAACGGAGACUCGAUUUCAGCAUUGACAUCUCAAAAACCACCAACGCCGAUCAAGGUCUAUCAAGAAAGGCGAUGUGUUCCAGAUGGAACACUUGAUGCUGCAGUGGAUCAGAUUCCUGCCUCUGGUGAAGCGACUUUGUCAACCCCUCCAGUGACCUCAAGACUAGCCAAAACAUUUCUGGAUCAGAAUUGCGAGCCUCUGAGUCCCGUAGUUAAUGAUGGAGGAAUACAAGCAAACAGACCAUCAGAUUACGCAAGCCUUGUAUCUAACGAAGAGCAUCAUACAGUGAUCGAGAAAGGACUACCAUCAACGAAUUUGAGCUGCGAACAGACUGAUGCACCGAUUGAGGAUCCUACUCCGGUUGAAAGAGUCCCCGAGCGUAUUUUUCGGGGAGAAGGGCCUGAUCACAAAGGUCCCUGUGGAGAUGGUAGCAGUGCUUCAGAAUCCAUGAGCGAAUCGGAGAUAUCGCAACAUACGAACCCUUUAGAUGAUGAAAGAGAGGCUUUCGAGGCCUCGUUAGACCCAGAUCAUACUACGACGGACGAUGAUAGCCAGCAUACUGCCAGCAGCUCAAAGAGUCAAGCGAGUUCUUUACACCCCAGCGGCGAAGGGAAAAGGAUCUCGUGGCUAGGGAAGAUCCUUGAUCCUGCACCAGAACAUGACGCAAGGAGACGCAAGAGUACGUCGAGCAAUCAUAACGAAAUCGCUCCAGAAGAUGAAGUCAGCUUAGUAGAUCCAACUCCACCAAAUCUUCAAAGAACUUCAUCUAUUACGGCCAGGCUUCAAACACCCGCAGUUUUCAAUCCAAUCACCCCACAGGGUCCACGCUCACCGAGUGCAAACCGUACAUAUGCUACGGACGUCACCCCCUCGCCACUGCCUAUGAAAGCCAAACCUAAAUUUCGUGAUGUUGAUGACUCGGGUACGCUUUCGAAGUCAUUGUCGGAGCGCGAAAAGAAGAAGGGGACUAAGGGCGUAUUUUCAAGUCCGAAGCUUGUCCCUCCACCUUCAGAGAUCAUUACGAAAAGAAUUGAGACAACUGACCCUCGUCGUAACAUUCAAGAGACUGCUCCAUUCGACACGACUUCCGCCUCCACGGCUGUUCCGCACCAGCAGUCCAAUGGCCGUGGCAGGAAAAAUGCAAAAAGAGCUUUGCCCCAUAGCGACAGCACAAUAUCAGAGCCGGACAAAAUAGCUACCGAAUACCAUAACGGAGCAUCUGGCUCAUCAGAGUAUAUGCCUAGCGAGUCGGAUACCUCUCAAAGUAGCGAGGAUGGGCCAGAGGAAGUGCUUGAAUCCAAUCGCAGCCCACAGCGAGCAGCCGAUUCUCAUACCAGUGAGCGUCGAAUGAGACGCGAUAGGAGACUCACAAUCUCAAAGUUGUUGACCGACGAAUACCAGACCCAUGACAACACCAAUUCCCCAGCAGCUCUUGAAAACAUCGCGCCCAGAAUCCGCCGAGCAUCUGCAGCUCCACAAACCAAUACGCAUAUCAUUUCCGCAGGGAGUGAUAGCCUCGCAUGCAGCGCAGACGAGCACACUCAAUUGAGAGAAGGUUUGCAGCCUUCGCGGACAAAUCUAGUCCUACCUCAACCUCCCCCUUUCGUGAAUCCCAACGGCGCAGGUCUGGCUCUCACUCAGCCUCACGUCUCUUACACCCGAUCAAAGCUCCCCCUUCAGACCGAACAAGCGGUAGUCGCCAAUAGUAUAAUCAAACGCACAUUCUUGGCAUCAUCGCAGUCAUCCCAACCAACACCGUCACCGAAGAGUCCUGCUUCAAAUAUCAGCGAGAAAAUCUCUCAAAAGCCCAAGGAAGAUACCCCUGCCCAAGCAGUCCGCGUCACCGUCGACAUUUUGACUCAAAAAGCACCACAGAUACCUCCACCUUCGAAAGCCCCCAUUGCAGACAAAUCACCACUCAAACUCCGCUCCGGCAAACGAGCUCGAUCGAGCAGUGGCACAGUCACAGAGACGAAGCAGUCGGCGAAGAAGAAAUCUAAACCUAGCGAUGGGGGAUUCAGAAGCGGCAGAAAGCAAGAGUCAGUGAAGCCUGCUCAGAAAAGGAGGAGUGCGAGGGUCAGCAAGGCUGCCGAGAGUGGAACGCAGAAUUAA